CCUGAACCACGGGCAGGGACUUCGAGACCUUGAAACACCACCUCUGAUCCCUCUUCUUUCUUUACCUGGUCACUCCCAUACUUACUACGAGUUCGGAAAGCCGUGUGUAUCACGGAGCUACCUUCUUUGGUAUUCAGAUAGAACAUUCUUUGUGCUCGAGUCUUUCACUUCACGUACUCUCCGCAUCCGUCUCACUUUGUUUCCAAUACUUCACACGACCCUACAGUUCAACAGCAAACCCCCUUCAAAGCAGCCCUGGCGGCUGUCACUCUUAAUAUUUCAUCAUUAUUCCCCAGACCUUCUGAACCCCGAAAGUUGCUGUCUACAGACACCAAGACCUUGCAAGUACAAGCUGCGUCGUUGCUGGUCCAUCCAGCAGUCCCAUUUGGCAAAUAUGGCGCACCAAUAUCCUGGUCACCAGCUCAAUGAUCUCUCACACGGCAAUAACUACAGACCCUCUCCUGGACAUUCAGACGACGAAGCAGAACACUCCCUGUUGCAUCAGAACGCCGCAUACCAGGUUCCCUACGAUGAUCCUCACUCCCACUCACGGCCGUUGACCCCGGGACAAGAGUCGGUCUACACACUGAACGAGUCAUAUGUCGGAGGAGAUCCCUCAAAAGUUCCAGUCACAGGAACAAACUACAAUCCGCAACCAUAUGGUCAGCAAGGAGCCUACCGCUCCAAUUCACAGAACAACUUGCCCGCCCAGGGGGGUCCGAAUCCCAGCAACCCAAUGACCACACAAGAUGCGUGGCAGGAAAGGCAGGCUCCUGGGUACGGCACAAUCAAGCGCUAUGCUACAAGAAAAGUCAAGCUAGUUCAAGGGAGCGUACUGAGUAUCGAUUACCCGGUGCCCAGCGCAAUUCAAAAUGCCAUCCAGUCGAAAUAUCGAGGCGACCUCGAGGGUGGCAGUGAAGAGUUCACACACAUGCGAUACACAGCGGCGACGUGUGACCCGGACGAUUUUACCCUUAAGAACGGCUAUAAUCUGCGACCGGCCAUGUACAAUCGGCAUACCGAAUUGUUGAUCGCCAUUACCUACUACAACGAGGAUAAAGUCUUGACGGCGCGCACGCUCCAUGGUGUGAUGCAGAACAUUCGUGACAUUGUGAAUCUGAAAAAGUCCGAGUUUUGGAACAAGGGUGGUCCCGCCUGGCAGAAGAUUGUUGUGUGUCUGGUUUUCGAUGGUAUCGACCCUUGUGACAAGAAUACACUGGAUCUGCUGGCCACUGUUGGUAUCUACCAAGAUGGAGUCAUGAAAAAGGACGUUGAUGGGAAGGACACAGUGGUGCAUAUCUUCGAGUACACGACCCAGCUUUCAGUGACACCUAAUCAGCAAUUGAUCCGACCCAACGACAACGAUUCGACGUCCUUGCCUCCCGUCCAGAUGAUAUUCUGUCUGAAGCAGAAGAAUAGUAAGAAGAUCAAUUCCCAUCGAUGGCUCUUCAAUGGCUUCGGACGUAUCUUGAACCCAGAAGUUUGCAUCUUGCUCGAUGCAGGCACAAAGCCUGGUCCCAAGUCUUUGAUGGCUCUUUGGGAGGCAUUCUACAACGACAAAGACCUUGGUGGUGCUUGUGGAGAAAUCCAUGCCAUGUUGGGACGCGGAGGUGUCUUUGGGAGAAAACUGUUGAAUCCUCUGGUCGCGGCUCAGAACUUCGAGUACAAGAUCAGUAACAUUCUGGACAAACCAUUGGAAAGUUCAUUCGGCUACGUUAGUGUCUUGCCUGGUGCAUUCUCUGCGUAUCGCUUUAGAGCCAUUAUGGGUCGCCCUCUCGAGCAGUACUUCCACGGCGAUCACACCCUCUCCGCACGUCUGGGCAAGAAAGGUAUCGAGGGCAUGAACAUUUUCAAGAAGAACAUGUUUUUGGCAGAAGAUCGUAUCUUGUGUUUCGAAUUGGUGGCAAAGGCUGGAUCCAAAUGGCACCUUUCAUACGUCAAGGCAUCCAGAGCCGAAACCGAUGUACCUGAAGGAGCUCCUGAAUUCAUCGGACAACGUCGACGUUGGUUGAACGGUUCAUUUGCCGCCUCCAUCUAUUCCCUCAUGCAUUUCUCUCGCAUGUACAAAUCCGGCCACAACCUCAUUCGAAUGUUCUUCCUCCACGUUCAAAUGCUCUACAACAUUGUCUCGGUCCUGCUUUCCUGGUUUUCUCUGGCGUCUUUCUGGCUCACAACCAAAAUUCUUAUGGAUCUUGUUGGUCAACCUAGCAGUCAAAACAACAACACGGCAUUUCCUUUUGGUGAUAAGGCGACUCCCAUUAUCAACACGGUUUUACAAUAUCUUUAUCUGGCCUUCCUCCUGCUCCAAUUCAUCCUCGCGCUUGGUAAUCGACCGAAAGGUUCGAAGAUGGCCUACGUCAUGUCAUUCAUCCUGUUUGCGCUUAUUCAGUUGUAUGUUAUUGUUCUGUCCAUGUACCUGGUGGUUCGAGCAUUUACGACCAAAGACGGCACCGACAUAGUCACAAAUGAGGGUGCCAAUGAGUUUGUCAAAUCGUUCUUCGCAUCAACAGGACCUGGAAUUGUCAUCAUUGCAUUGGCGGCCACUUUCGGCUUGUAUUUCGUCGCCUCCUUCCUGUACUUGGAUCCGUGGCACAUGUUCACCUCUUUCGGUCAAUAUCUACUCCUGAUGCCAUCAUUUAUCAACAUCCUCAUGAUUUAUGCUUUUAGCAAUUGGCACGAUGUCUCCUGGGGUACGAAGGGCUCUGACAAGGCAGAAGCUUUACCCUCCGCCCAGUCGAAGAAGGACGAGAAGGGCAAAACGGCAGUCAUCGAAGAAAUCGACAAACCACAGGCGGAUAUCGACAGUCAAUUCGAAGCCACCGUACGACGUGCCUUGGCACCAUACAAGGCUCCAGAGGAGAAAGAGGAAAAGACGCUUGAAGAUUCGUACAAGAACUUCCGAACUCGACUUGUCGCCACCUGGCUCUUUUCAAAUGCUCUGCUGGCAGUGGCAAUUACUAGUGACAAUGUCGACAAAUUUGGAUUCACUUCUCAAGCCACGAGCCGAAGUAGUCACUUUUUCCAAGCUCUGCUCUGGACCACGGCAGCUUUGUCCCUGGUUCGAUUCACUGGGUGUUGUUGGUUCUUGGGCAGGACAGGGUUGCUGUGUUGUUUCAAUCGAAGAUAGUCAAUCAUAGAGGGUGCUGCAUAAGCAUGAGAUCAGGGCGAAGGUCGGCAAAAUCUGGAGAUUUGGACAUUUUCUGUCAGAAGAAUCAAAAUAAAAAUGUA